AUGCAGUCUAAAGCUUUGUCUGCCGUAGCUCUUAGUCUUGCACUUAUCCCCUUUGUCGCAGCCGACGCAACAAUCAUCAUCAACGCCAAUUCUAACAACGGUGUAUGGGAAGGCUGGGGGACCUCUCUUGCGUGGUGGGCACAAGCUUUUGGAGACCGCGAUGACCUCGCCGACAUCUUCUUUACCACCAAUACCGUCAACUUCAACAGCGUGGAUCUCCCAGGUCUCGGCUUCAACAUUGUCCGCUACAACGCUGGUGGUUGUAGCACAACGCAGGUGGGCAGUGAAGGCAUGGUACCUUCCUGGAGAAUAAAGCCCUCGAGGCAAGUCACUGGUUAUUGGGUCGAUUGGUUCAGCAGCGACCCGGCUUCAAGCAGCUGGAACUGGAAUAACGACUUAAAACAACGUACCAUGAUGCAGAAGGCCCAUGACCGCGGCGCUAAUAAAUUCGAGCUCUUCUCUAACUCACCCAUGUGGUGGAUGCUCUACAACCACAACCCGUCCGGAUCCGACGAAAGCGACGAAAAUAUCCAAUCAUGGAACGUUGCAACGCACGCUGUGUACUUGGCAACUAUUGCUCGAUAUGCAAAAGAUAACUGGAACAUUACUUUUGAGUCAGUUGAGCCGUUUAAUGAGCCUUCGGCAGACUGGUGGAAGGCAGAUGGCACGCAGGAGGGUUGCCAUAUCAGCUGGGAGACGCAAAACAGUAUGAUUGGCUCCCUACGAUCACAGCUUAACGACCGUGGACUGCAAGCCACUUUUAUCUCUACAUCAGACGAGAACACCUACGAUCAGGCUGUCAAGACCCUUGAGGGGCUGAGUGGUGAUGCACUUGCGCAGACUGGGGGGAUUAACGUUCAUGGAUACCAGUAUGGCGAUGGCGAUCGGAGCGGGGUCCUCAAGAUCGCCGUAGAUCGCGCUUUACGGUUAUGGAACAGCGAGUACGCCGAGAGCGACAGCACAGGCGAGGCCCUCGCUAGCAACCUCAUCCUCGACUUCCGGUGGCUGAGGCCAACAGGCUGGGUGUACUGGCAGGUCCUUGAUGGUGGAGGCUGGGGUGUUAUCGAGGCUGACAAUGAUGAGGGCACGAUGGGAGGCGCAAAUCAGAAAUACUUUGUGCUGGCGCAGUUUGCGCGCCAUAUUCGCCAAGGCAUGCUGAUUCUGGAUGGUGGCGCUGAUAACGUUGUUGCAGCAUACGACAGUGCUAAUUCGAAGCUGGUGAUUGUUGCAGUCAACUGGGGCGGUUCGCAGAACCUUGAGUUUGACUUAAGCCAAUUCACUCAGGCCUCAACAGAUGGUGCUGUAGUCACGCGUUGGAGAACAAUGAUUGGGUCGGGAGACCGGUAUAUACAGUCUUCUGAGGUGAAGAUGGUUGGAACCAAGUUUUCAGCGCCCUUUGAACAGAACAUGGUACAGACUUUUGAAGUCGGCAAUGUUAAGAUAUAG